AUGAUUGGGAGGGGAUUGGAACACCUGAAUCACAUAAUAUGGAGGGGAUUGGAACACCUGAAUCACAUGAUUGGGAGGGGAUUGGAACACCUGAAUCACAUGAUUGGGAGGGGAUUGGAACACCUGAAUCACAUGAUAUGGAGGGAUUGGAACACCUGAAUCACAUGAUUGGAGGGGAUUGGAACACCUGAAUCACAUGGGAGGGGAUUGGAACACCUAAAUCACAUGAUUGGGAGGGGAUUGGAACACCUGAAUCACAUGACAUGGAGGGGAUUGGAACACCUGAAUCACAUGAUAUGGAGGGGAUUGGAACACCUGAAUCACAUGAUAUGGAGGGGAUUGGAACACCUGAAUCACAUGAUAUGGAGGGGAUUGGAACACCUGAAUCACAUGAUUGGGAGGGGAUUUUGGACACCUGAAUCACAUGAUAUGGAG